CAGCUAUCCUCAGUGUGCGGAGAGCGACCGCAGUGUACACCAUCUCCACGUUUUGGCAAAGAAGGCAGCCGAGUUGCUGAAUCGUACGAGUUUUAUCGCGUCACGCAAGACGAUCAGCUGGACGCAGACGCCAGCGGAAUUGUUCAUCGCACGCGUGUACACAAACAGUAGUCAGAGUCACGCGUCCGCACUAACGGAUAUACGCGGAACGGUUGAUCCCCUGCCUUCUCGUUCGCCGGGACGAAUCGCGACGAUCAAAAACGUGAGAACACACGAGACAAUCGAUUCGGUGAAACAGCUCGAGCACGUCGGAGACACGAAAAGAGCGGCCGAACGGGAAGGGAGACGGUGUCGAGAUAAAUUUAUCGUUUACGCGCGGCCGGCGAAACGGGUCAGUCGUUUUUGCGUCGGCUGACGAGGUGACGGACCCCGUUCUUGAUGAGUACGACUACGUCGACAAGGAGUACGGUCGGUAGCCACGCGGUUGACGCUCUCACCGGCGGUACCAGCAUCUCCGAGGGGGCUGACACCUAGCACGAGGAGCGUCUGCUGCGGAGCUAGCGGAGGAACGAUUCCGAAGGGACUACCCCUCCUCCCUCGUACGGUGAUAGUGCUGUUAUUGUUGUUGUUGUUUGUUAUCAAUAUUUGGUGAUACACGUGCCGAGAGUCGCGAGUACUGACUACGCGCCCCUACGCUUUAAUGAUACCGAAUCGCCCCUCGUAAACGGGGAUAAGGUUUUACUGCUCGUCCAUCCGGUUUUAAUAGUGCCGCUCCGUGUUUUACGAUCGAAGACGACCAGCCCCUUGUUAGUCCAUCGGGUCGCGCCGCUGGAUCAGCCGAAUAAUCGCAACAGUUUCACGGAUUCAGUCUCGUCGGUCUGAUAACAGUUAUCGGAGAUCGACGGCGACGACGACGACGACGACGACGACGACGACGACACGUGGAUCCGAUCGUUCCUAGCUCACGUGGUCGUCGGACUUGUUACCCGGCGACGCUCAGCGCUCCGCUCUCGCUGAUACUCACGGAUGUUCCUCACGUCGAAACGAGUUACGCGCGAUCGGUUCGAGAGUUGCCGGUUACCGGUGUGCUCGUUGAAGUUUUAUUGAUGUCCCAUAACGAAACCUCGGCGAACGGGUACGUGAUCGGCGACGAGUGCACGGCCGAGUGAUACCGAAUAAACCGUGUGAACCGGAUAUCUCUUUCGUCGAACGACUCUUCCGUCCUGCCGUCCCGCUGCUCGAGGAUCGCGACGCGCGCGUACCGUUUUCAUGUCGCGACUAGGAGGAGAGGGAUGACGGUGCAUCGUCGUCGUUCAAUCGCAGACACCGCCGUCGAAGAGGACGAAGAGGGCUCGUGAGUCGCGCGCGAGGAUAAACGACCGGGUGCGCCAUCGCCAGAUACGAGACAUUGGAACCGCGUGGUCGCUCGCGAUUCUUCGUAGAGUCUCCUCGGAUCCGCAAGCACGCGGAAUCAACCAGGCAGCGUGGAGCGCUCGGCGAUCGUGUGGCCGCGCGCCGCGGACCUCUACCUUUAUCAACCAGGCUGUGCAUUUCUCACCUACUAUAGUCGUGACAGCGCAAUCAGUGCCCAAAACGCUCUGCAUGAGAAGCGGACUUUACCAGGGACACGGAGCGGAGUGAUUACUAAACGCGGAGUGUCGGCCACCCCGAAGGGAGCAUAAGCCACGAGAGUGGGUGGAACAAGACCUGGUGUGACGGGCGACCGGCUGGCCGGGGGCGCCGCACACCUCCUCCAUCUCUUCUUCUUCUUGCCACGACCACAACACACAAUGUAACAACAACUACCACUACUAGAGUCGUCCACGUUCUCAAUGUACUCGAUGUGAUGAACCGUCCUAUUCAAGUGAAGCCGGCGGACAGUGAAAACCGCGGAGACAGAAAGCUGUUCGUGGGAAUGCUCAGCAAGCAACAAACAGAAGACGAUGUCAGACAGUUGUUCACUGCCUUUGGCACAAUAGAGGAGUGUACCAUCCUCCGAGGACCCGACGGCAGUAGCAGAGGCUGUGCAUUCGUGAAACUUUCAUCGCAUCAAGAAGCACUAGCGGCGAUCAAUACUUUACACGGUAGCCAAACUAUGCCGGGUGCGUCAUCCAGCUUAGUGGUAAAGUUCGCAGAUACUGAGAAAGAGAGACAACUAAGACGCAUGCAGCAAAUGGCCGGGAACAUGAGCCUCCUUAACCCUUUCGUCUUCAAUCAAUUCGGCGCUUACGGCGCUUAUGCUCAGCAGCAAGCAGCCCUCAUGGCUGCUGCGACAGCACAAGGAACAUAUAUCAACCCAAUGGCGGCAUUAGCACACGUUGGCGCUGGGCAAUUGCCGCACGCGUUAAACGGCAUGCCGAAUCCUGUAGUUCCGCCGACUUCCGGUUUGCUCGUAGGUACCGGCACAGGACAGCCGGUUAACGGGGCGAUACCGUCGUUACCAUCACCGACGAUGCCCAAUUUCAACAUGGCGGCACAAACACCGAACGGUCAACCAGCCGGCUCGGAUCCUGGUGUCUACACCAACGGAAUACCGCAAACCUAUGGGGGACAUGCCCUCCAUCUGUCCAUUCCAGCACAAGGGCUGGCCAAUGGGGAGGCGACGCUCCAGCAUGCCGCCGCGUACCCGGGAAUACAACCCUACCCUGGAUGCGCUUAUCCCGCCGUCUACGGCCAGUUUCCUCAAGCUAUUCCUCAGCCGAUGACCGCCGUGGCACCCACCCAGAGGGAAGGAUGCUCUAUCUCAGGACCCGAAGGCUGUAACCUAUUCAUCUACCACCUGCCUCAAGAGUUUGGGGACGCUGAGCUCAUGCAGAUGUUCAUCCCCUUUGGCAACGUCAUAUCCUCCAAGGUUUUCAUCGACCGGGCCACCAACCAGAGUAAAUGCUUCGGUUUCGUGUCGUUCGACAAUCCAGCGAGCGCGCAAACAGCGAUCCAGGCGAUGAAUGGCUUCCAGAUAGGGAUGAAGCGUUUAAAAGUCCAGUUGAAGAGGCCCAAGGACGCAAGCCGGCCAUACUAACCAAAGUCCUAGCUUAGAGAAACUGGACGAUACGCACCGUACAUCAUAACGUAUAGAAUGUCGUACAAGAACACGGGCUUAUUGAACGCUCGACGAUCAGAAGUGAUGAGUUUGAAUCACCGUUACAACGCUCCCCACUAUAAUAAUCUAGUAUACUAGUUAGAUAAUUAAUUAGAAGAUAAAAAUUAGAGGUCAGUAGUGAACGACUUCGCUGGCAGCCACGCGGCGAAGACGAAGAGGCUGAUGCUCAUGAAACAUCGGUUGUCCAGCGCUGAACCCAGUCCGAGAAAUCAAACGCGAGUAGGAUUCACGCUUCAAACGUUCUCGGAUGCUCGGAUAAAGAAAAUUCUUUACUAACAAAGAAGCAGGAAUUGAAAAGAACGGAACGCGUCGGUCGACGUGACACAUCUUUUCGCCCGGUUCUUUGCGUCCCCUACCGUUUAUUCUAUUUUAUACAUACUUACACUUUCCGUUCUUCGGUCUCGAUCCCUACUGCCAAACGAGAAUCGUAUCAAAAGACUCGAACGAUUUUUGAUACGCGUGUUUCGAACAAGACGUCCUAGUUCAAUUCGAUGAUCCGAUCAUCCGGGAAGCGAGUAUGUACUUACUUAGAUCCGAGAGCAGUCUAGGGUCUCUCGAGCAGAUUAUAUCGUUCUGACAACAUGCUAACUCUUAAAAUAGUUUGAUAAUCAUGAUGAAACGUUUAAGACGAUGGUUUUACAAUAACAGUUAAACCAAAGAGAUACUCUUAGUUCCUGACGAAACGGCACGGCGAUUGUAGCCGACCGACUGUUGAAAAAAAAGUUACUAUUACUGCGAUUCGACUCAUAGAAUACGAGAAAGAAAGUACCUCUUCAAAUUCUUAGGAGAGUCACGAAUUCAGGUAUGAUUUCAAAUCACCGUUACGUAUUAUUCGUUCGCGGACAACCUUUUCGCCUUUACGCGAGUUUUCAUUUCGUAAACCGACAGCCGACACACCGUCGAAUCCGGUAUAGGAUAUCUCGAGCUCGGUUUUUCUGAACGCGCGAUUAUACCGAUUAUAAUAUAAAUGUCGAUGUAGUGACAUCGUUAGAGUCGUUUUUACGUUCACUGGUCUUCGGACAAGAUCGGCGACAGUGCUCGCGGUCUCUCCUAACGCAAAUUUGUCAAUCACUUAUACAGGGUGCUCGUCUCACGCAACGUCUAAGAAGAAAAAAAAAAAGAAAAAGGAAAAAUUACUAAAACGGAAACUGCGUACGAAUCACACACACGGGACACACACGUUCACAUAGGGUACACUUCGGUAUGUACACGCACAUAUACAUGCGCGCAGACACGCACACGAUGCACGACACGCACAUUGCAUACAUCCCUACCAGACACGCGUACACACAGUAUGUAAAAGCUGUAUCCGAGAAUCACGGAGAAACGUACCAACCGACCCAACACUCGCGGGUUAUCGGUUCUUUACGUUUAUUAUAUACCUGAGGCUAAUGAAGACGCAUACACGUCGCACCGCAGGUUUUAUAUAGGGGACAUUCAAAGGAAUCGUUCGUUAGCGCCGCGUCACAAAAUCGAGUCAUUUCGAAGUCCGAUCGUCCGCGCCACGGCGCUCGUUCUAGUCCAAAACGAUAUUUAUUAUUUAAUUUUUUUUAACCAUCCCCUGACUCCCUUCUCCUCUGACUAUCAUCAUGAUCAUCGUCACUCACCGUCAUUAUUAUCGAUCAUGGUUAUUAAAAACGAUUAUUGUUAAACGAGAAGCGCGAGCGAAUUUCCGGCCGAAAUUAAUAUCGGGGUUCCUUUUUCAAACGAAGGAUCGCUAUUCGACCUGAUCACUACGCUUCGCAAUCGGAUGAGAUCUUUUUACAGGAUUUCCCUGUUGUUAUUCGUUCUCACGGCUCGACGAUUUAACGAGAAUCGUUCCCGUUCGAGGGACUGACCGGUCCACGCAUCGCCCGCGAAAUGUCAACCAGGCUGUGAUUAUUCAAAGAAAAAAAAAAGGGACAAGAGUUUAAACCAAAAGGGGCAGAGACGACGACAACGUUUAUCACAAGAUCGAUUUCUUCUUGCGCGGAAUGUUCCCAUUCUGCCUAUGAUAUGAAAGUGAAGAGGACGCGAAAGCAAGAUAUCAGGUCGUCUAAACCAGUUGAAGCAUAGAGCUUUGUACGUACAUCUUCAUUUACCUUUAAUUUCAUUUACCUAGUCUGCGUCUAGUCAUUUUUUUAUGCUCUGUACAGCAGAGAUUUAUUACGAUUAUAUUAUUUGUUUUUUUUCUUUUUGGUGCGAUAUUUAUUUACACGCUAAGGAAUUCCGUAGAACAAAUAGAGAUCUAAUUUUUUUCUCUCUAAAUAAUGUAAUUUAUAAAUAAAUAUUUAGGAUAAAGUACUUAAUUGUUCCCAAAGGUUCUGAGCGCGAACGAAGUGCAAUUUGUUUUUAUGGAAUAGUUUCGGUGGCAAUGUAACGGGAGAGCAUGAAUUUCUGUCGAAGUAAAUUGUUCCUGAAACUUA